AUGUCGUUAUCCAGAGUUGAGAUUCUUCUCACUUGGUGCAAUGAAAAUGGUAUCCAAAUCGAUCCCAGAAUACAAGUUCGGGAAAGUAGAAACCAUCAAGAGUUAGCCGAUAGGACCGAAAGUUAUUCCUCGCGUGGUUGCGGAAUCAGCGUGUAUUCACUUGAAGACUUCAUUGAUAGUUCCUGUUCCCUCGUACGCAUUCCGAAGGCAGCUAUUCUCUCAACCAAGUCAUGCUUCCUCUCUCAGGAUAUUACCUCUGUUCCAUAUGGCCACACUGCACAUCUCGCACUGGCUCUCGCCGUGUAUAGUGAGAUUUUGCGAGGCCAAUAUUCCAAAUGGUUCGGAUACCUCCAGAGCGUCCCGCGGGAAACUGUGGACAUAGCCAUAUUUUGGGGUGCCAAAGACGUCAUCGACUUCAAAUCCUGUGUGUGCUCAAGCCGCGGAGACACAGUUCUCUCGCAAAGUGCCAUUGGAGAUCAUGCUGGCAACGUUGGAGCGGCUUGCUCCAAUACGGAAUUUUCCGAAUGUGGGCCAUGCCUACAAUACCUGGACGGUAAGCGAGCUCGAAUGUGGCUUUCCUGCACAGAAGCCGAAAAGGAGCUGGAUGGUCUAAUGGAUGAAAUACGUCAAUACUACGUUUCCGUCGUGGAACCCACGCUACACGCAGCCUUUGGCAGACUUCGGAAAACGGAGGCCGAGCACAAUGUCAAUGUGGUAUCAGGGGGUGGGAUUCCACGUCUCGAUGAAUGCAGCAAUGAGUUAAACUCAGCGGAACCCUCGCUUCCUGGGUUUUGUCACGCAUACUCCCUCGUGUCUUCCCGCGCGUUUUUGGUGGAUGCGUAUCAUGGUCUUGCAAUGGUGCCCAUUGCUGAUGCGUGA